UCGUUAUUAUAUGUCGUUUGUCGUACUUGUCUGCUGUUCCGUUUUCGUAAAUUAACUAUAAAUUAAAUAAAACAAUCUUAUAAAAUAUAACCACUAUAGGUUUUAAUAAUUAAUAUUUAUAUUAUUGAUUAAAAAUAAUUAUAAUUUUUAAGUGUUUAAUUUUCUUCGAAUUAUUGCAUCUAUCAAAAUUAAUUGAAUUUAAGCUAUCAAAUCUCAAAUACGUUACGCUACAAAAUUAAAUUAUUCUAAUAGUUAUUGUUAAAGAUAAUUUAGAAAAAUCUAACAGUAUGUAUAGUUUCUAUCAAUAACAUUUGCCAACCUCAUCAGAGUCUUCUAUAGAGAGAGAUGAACAUCAGGGAAAUUUUCUUAAGCUUAUUCUGUUAAGGACUAUUUACGUACAAUGAGAUCAUGGUUUGGUCUUUUAUGCCUAAGCAUUGUCACAUUGUGCGUUGGACAGCGUCAACGUCCAAUUUAUAUGAAUCAAUUUGCUGUUCACAUACCUGAAGGUUCUGAGCAUGCUGAACGAAUUGCUCUUAAACAUGGUUUUAACAAUAUAGGACAGAUUGGAAGUUUAGAAGGUUAUUAUCUUUUCGAACAUAAACAUGUACACAAACGAUCACUUGAUUCCAGUAGUAUUCAUCACGAAAAGCUUAUGGAAGAACCCGAGGUGCAUUGGGUACAGCAGCAACAUGAAAAAAAAAGGCGAAAACGUGAUUUUCCCGGGCCAAACUUGCCGUCUACAGUUUUUGCUGGCUCUGAUUUUUUUCAGCAACAAACUCCGACCGGACAUUUGCCUCCCCACGCUCAAGGACAAUCAUUUAGACGUAUCGGCAACGUCCAAAAUGUAUUUUCUGAUCCGCUUUUCAAAGAGCAAUGGUAUUUGAACGGAGGUGCUCUCGACGGAUUCGACAUGAAUAUGGGACCGGCUUGGCAGAAAGGAUAUACAGGCAAAAACGUUGUCGUUUCUAUACUUGACGACGGUAUUCAAACUAAUCAUCCUGAUUUAGCACACAAUUAUGACCCUAGUGCCAGUACAGACAUAAAUGAUAACGACGACGAUCCUAUGCCACGGGAUAAUGGAGAUAACAAACAUGGUACAAGAUGCGCUGGUGAAGUAGCGGCCAUUGCAUUCAAUCAGUAUUGUGGAAUCGGAGUCGCAUUUAAUGCCAGUAUCGGAGGAGUGAGAAUGUUAGACGGAACUGUAAACGACGCAGUCGAAGCUCGUGCAUUGGGUUUAAACAUCAAUCACAUAGACAUCUAUAGCGCAUCGUGGGGUCCUGAAGAUGAUGGAAAAACUGUUGACGGACCUGGUCCUCUGGCCAGAAGAGCGUUUAUUUAUGGUGUAACUUCAGGACGCCAUGGAAAAGGAUCAAUUUUUGUCUGGGCUUCUGGUAAUGGAGGUCGACAUACGGACUCUUGUAACUGUGAUGGAUACACUAACAGCAUUUUCACAUUAUCAAUAUCCAGUGCUACACAAGGAGGGUAUAAACCUUGGUAUUUGGAAGAGUGUUCGUCGACGUUAGCCACCACUUACAGUUCCGGUACGCCUGGUCAUGAUAAGAGUGUGGCCACUGUUGAUAUGGACGCUAAACUUCGACCAGAUCAUAUUUGCACUGUUGAACACACUGGCACGUCGGCUUCAGCGCCAUUGGCCGCAGGGUUGUGCGCAUUAGCAUUGGAAGCUAAUCCAUCGCUCACGUGGAGAGACAUGCAGUAUAUAGUUGUACUCACAUCAAGAUCUAAACCACUGGAGCACGAGAGCGGGUGGAUAUAUAACGGGGUCGGUCGAAAAGUGAGUCACAAAUUCGGUUAUGGUCUCAUGGACGCUGGUGGAAUGGUUACUUUAGCCGAACAAUGGACUACCGUGCCACCGCAACACAUCUGCAAAUCCCAAGAAAUCGCAGAAGAAAGGCAAAUCGACCCCUCUUAUGAAAGCACAUUGACUGUGUCGAUGGAAGUAGGGGGCUGUCAAGGGACUCUUAACGAAGUGCGUUUCGCCGAACACGUCCAAUGCAAAAUAUCAUUGAGGUUUUUCCCUAGAGGUAAUCUUCGCAUUGAUCUCACUUCUCCUCUCGGUACCACAUCGACGUUACUCUUUGAACGUCCUCGGGACGUUGUCAGCUCCAAUUUCGACGACUGGCCUUUCCUCAGCGUACAUUUUUGGGGUGAGAAAGUAGACGGCACUUGGACUAUGCACAUACACAACAGCGGAAACCGUCACGUCAACCAGCCUGGUAUAUUAAAAAAAUGGCAGCUCAUUUUCUAUGGCACAGCUACCAACCCAAUCAGACUGCGAUCGCCACAACCUACACCGCCAUCGCCACCAUUCGCCAUAUCACAACAACAGCAGCAAGUACCCAAAAAUUUUCAAUUGGAUGGUCAACAGUCCAUCAACUCGCCCGCCGCAUACCAAACGAGCUUCAUAUCUGAUAUACUACAACGGGUCGGAUUCCCUCCCGCCAACAUCCCCGACGUGUUCGCAGCAGGCAGUGAUAUUGAGCCUUCGGUUACAUCACUGACAAGCGCCAGGUCCAACUCGCAGGUCCUCCUCGAACGACCCAUUGACGGACAAACGAUUUUACACGAUUGUGACCCUGAAUGCGAUUCUCUCGGGUGUUAUGGCAAAGGGCCUACUCAAUGCGUGGGUUGUCGAAACUUUAAACUUGACAACACUUGUGUCAGCCGUUGUCCGCCGCGUAGUUUCCCAAACAAAGGCGGCGUGUGUUGGCCGUGUCACGAGUCUUGCGAGACAUGUGCCGGCGCAGGACAAGACAGUUGUUUGACUUGUGCUCCGGCUCAUCUACGAGUCACCGAUUUGGCCGUGUGUCUCCAACAGUGUCCGGACGGGUAUUUCGAAAACACUGAAGAAGGAACUUGCGUGGCUUGUGGACCCAAUUGUGGUAGCUGCGAAGGUAGACCCGAUCUUUGCACCAGCUGCGAACAUCAUCUAGUCUUGCACAACAACCAGUGUUAUGCCAAUUGUCCGGUCAACACGUACGAAACUGACGACUACAGGUGCAACCCCUGCGACUCGAAAUGCGAAACGUGCACUGGUCCCAAAUCCGAUCAAUGUAUAACAUGCAAAACCGGAUUUUUCGAACUUGGAGGAACAUGUCAUUCCAAGUGCCCUGACUUUUACUAUCCAGACCAAAAACGUCACGAAUGCUUGGCCUGUCCGACAGGUUGCGUGACUUGUAACUCUACGGUGUGUAACGAGUGCGACGAAAGUUUUACCCUAAACAAGAAGGGUCGUUGUAUUAAAAACGGAAGUCAACAAUGUCAAUCAGUAGGCCAGUUUUGGACAGGCGUCAAAUGCCAAUCGUGCCACGAUUCGUGUGAGACUUGCAACGAUCGGUCGGAACAGAACUGUUUGUCGUGUCGCGCUCCAACCCUGUUCCAGGCGCCCGGUUCUUGCGUCGAUCAGUGUUCCGCUGGUUUCUACCCGGACCUCAGAUUCGGAAAUUACGCCACUUGCCAACCGUGUCCGCAUCCAUGCGUCGAAUGCGUGUCCCGUACCAACUGUACGUCUUGUCAUUCGCCUUUGCUUUUGCAAACCGGUCAGUGUCGGACUACUUGCGCCCCCGGUUAUUAUAGCGACGUAGGAUCAUGCGCAAAAUGUUAUUUGAGUUGUAUGACAUGCAGUGGCCCUCGCCGGGAUCAGUGUGUCAGUUGUCCGCGUGGAUGGCAGUUAGCCGCCGGGGAGUGUCACCCGGAAUGUCCACAAGGAUUUUUCAUGUCAGAUUUCGGUUGCCAGAAAUGCCAUCAUUACUGUAAAACUUGCAAAGGCGAAGGUCCUCUCCAGUGCACAUCGUGCCCACCGCAUUUCAUGUUAGAAGACGGCCUUUGCUCCGAGUGCUCAGGAUCACAGUAUUACGAUCCUCCUACACAACUAUGCAAACCGUGCCAUUCGUCGUGUCGGGCCUGUUCGGGUCCCGGCCCGUUUAGUUGCUCGUCGUGUAUGUAUCCUCUUCACUUUGACCGCAAAAACUCACAAUGCGUCCCUUGUUGUGGCGCACAUCACCUCCGUGACGGCUGCUGUGCGUGCAACAACGAAACUGGCGAGUGUCACAAUGACACUCCGGCCGAAAAACGGCGGACAUCGGUAGAUUUGGAAUUGGAAACUGUAGUCAUGCAAACGGACCAACAGAGAAUGAGUUUGGUGAAUGGCACUACUGCUGCCUACUUGGUGGUCGCAUUGUUCGCGGCUGUGAUGGCCACUUUAUUGUUGGUGAAACGCAACCGAAGAGAACAUUUAGGAUACACUAAGUUAUUGUUACCACAGAACGAAAUGAACAUGGAAGAAAACAGCGAGAGUAGCAAAGAACUUUUUACCGAAACGUGACUGUCAAACUAAGUACAACCGUAUCAUUGAACUUAAUUUACACAACCAAAUGAUUGUGGUCCUAAAAAAAUAUGUAUAUAACUAUAAUGUUAAUCAUUUGAAAAACCAUUUAAUUUUACGUUGAACAAUCUAACUUUUUUUAGUAGAAAUUGUUUCCUAAUUAAUUUUUAUUACGGUUUUAAACAAAUUUAUCUACUUAAAAUAUAAAUUAUAAAUUUUUAUUUUUAUUCCUCGUUCCUUUAUUGAUGCUAUCUAUCAACAAUAUAUCUCAAAAUAUAUACCAUUCCUUUAUAUUCUUUUUUUUUAGUCAUUCGUAUUUAUUUUUAAAUUUUAGCGCUCUCUAUAACCAAUUUGCCAUUAGUUUACUGUCUUAAUUUUUCAAUGUUAUUUGUACUAAGAGACCAUAAACAUCAUUUUCUA